UGAAAUUGCCUUCGUGUCGCUGGCCGAAUAAUUUUGCAGAGUAGGUUAACUCAAAGUGAUUUUGUAUUUUGUUAAUUUAGUUACUAGUCGUUCAACUAAAAGAGUUAUUUAAAGAAUUUUGAUUUAGAAGAUUCAUACACUUGCAUAUAAAAUAGGAAAAUCAAAAUGGGUCUGUUACACGCCAUUGGUAUUAGGGUAAUGAAUUUUAUGGUGUUUUUCCUAAUUGUAAUUUUAUUGCCGGGUCUGCCACCGCGUACCACUUUUCCAUUCAAAGCUUUUGUUGUGACACCUGCUAAAGAUUUGAAAGGAGCCUUAGAGCCUAAUCAGCACCUAGAUGGUGCCGAACGCCUACUCGAAGGGCGUGUCUAUGGCCCAGAAUGUCUCAUUGCACGUAAAAAUGAGGUAUACACCGGCAUACAUGGUGGUGAGAUAAUUAAAYUAACUGCCGAUCAUGUUACACACGUCGCAAAAAUUGGACAACCUUGUGAAGAAAUAUUUGAAGAAGCUCGUUGCGGAAGACCUUUGGGCCUUGCCUUUGAUACGCAGGGUAAUAACUUGAUUGUGGCGGACGCAUACUACGGCAUUUGGCAGAUAGAUCUUAAUACAAAUCAAAAGAAAUUGCUGGUGUCGCCUCAACAAGAACAACCUGGUAAAGAUAUUCCACGUGAAGCUAAAAUUUUCAACACGGUUGCAGUAGAUCAGAAAGGUGACAUUUAUUGGACRGAUUCGGAAUCAGAUUUUGUGUUGCUCGAUUUGGUAUUUGGCUCUUUGGCAAACCCCUCUGGUCGACUCUUCAAAUAUGAUCGUGCUACCAAUGUUAGCAAAGUAUUGCUGGACGAAUUAUUUUUUGCUAAUGGUUUGGCUCUAAGUCCCGAUGAAGACUUCAUUGUUGUCGCAGAAACCGGAGCGAUGCGUUUGACUAAGUACUAUUUAAAGGGCACCAAAGCCGGUCAGAGUGAAGUCUUUGUAGAGGGUUUGCCUGGUUUGCCCGACAAUUUGACACCUGAUGCUGAAGGCAUAUGGGUACCGCUCGUAAUGGCAGCAGAUAGCGAACAUCCAAACGCUUUUAAUAUGUUCACCAACUUCCCCAGCAUACGUUUAUUCCUGGCACGUCUGCUUAGUCUCUUCGAAUUGCCCUUCCGUCUAAUUAACAACGCCUUCCCCAAUAAGCUGGCCCAAAGGUUUAUUCACUUCAUCGGCCAUGGCGAGAGUAUGAUGCUCUUGUCACCCAAACGUUCAACCAUUGUGAGAGUAGAUUGGAACGGUAAUAUUGUGGGUUCGUUACAUGGUACCGAUAAGUCGUCGGGCGCUGUUUCGCAUGUAUUGGAAUUUAACGAUUACUUGUACYUGGGUUCGCCGUACAAUCGCUUUUUGGCGCGUGUGAAAUCACCGAGAGCCGCUCGCCAGCCGGAGGUGAAAGUGCGGAAUGUCAGGUAUGAAGGGGUUAAUUUAGAAGCGUCUGUUAAGCCAUCAACUGCAUCUACUACCACUACUAGCAAGCCAAAGCCUGCCGCUACUAAACCACUAACUACGACUGCGCCAMCGACAACAACAACAAGCCCGACGACGACAACAACUACUACACCACGACCAACUACAACCACACMUAAACCGACCACGACAACUACAACAAGACCACCCACUACAACAAGAACAACAACGACAACUAGAAAACCAUCCACAACUACAACAGCACGACCACCAAAAACGACGACGACCGCCAAACCCAAAGUUACCGUCACCACCACAACAACUACAACACCAAAACCAACWACAGCUCCACCAAAAGCAUCACCGGCCACACCGAAMGCAAAAUCAAGCACCACAACAGCACGUCCUGCUGCCGAGCAGAAACGUGUGCCUCCAAAGGAGCCAGCACCGAUUAAGGAGGAAAUACCAGACGACACGAAACCACCCAAAUUCGACAAGCUUAAAGUGAUCACCAAAACCGGCGAACAUCUCGAAYUUUAAAGCUGCUAACUAACAAGCUAACUGCAAACAUACAUACCUAUAUAGCAUUAUUACUUUCCUAUGUUAUCCGAGGUGUCGUUCBAACAUAACCUAAUAACAACAUAAACAUAAGCGGCAUGUAACAAGAGCGCAUGCAACGCUACGAAUUUCAUGUUAAAAUGCAACAUAGCAAUAAUCUAGUAAAUACCUUCGAUAUAUUAGGAGGAUUUGUCGGAAAUAGGCUGUGUACUGUUCCGACGGUACAGUUUUUGAGAUAUUAUUGCGGCAUAUUUUAUACAGUUACAAGAAACAAACGAAAUUAGUGCUUCAACGAAUACAUUCCAAUUUACAUUCCAACUGAUAUGAAUAUCGUUUACGUGCAUUUUUGCAUUUAUUAAUAUUUUACUCRCUUGAUGCUUACAUACCGCGAAUUUACGGUUUCUAGGAAAAGGUACCUCGUACUAAAUUCGUUUGAAAGUUGUAAAAAUGCCUUUAAUGGAGACUUUCCCUUGGUUAGCUUAAAUAGUUCUAAAUUGGAGCUUAAAUAGGUAGCUAUAAGUGUGAAACUAGUGCGGAUCUCUUUAAACAAAUGUAUUAACGAAUUACUGCUCAAACAAGAAUUUUUGAAUGUCCGCUAAGAUUUACUAUAUUUUUUUACUUUACAUCGAUUAUACUAGUUUGGUGUUUGCACAAAGUUUAUAAAAAAAACGAAUUUUAUAAAAUAAUUUAUAAAAACUUUGUUUGGUCAUGGUAAAUAAUCUAUUUAAAGUAAUAAAUAAAUCACGGUAGUAAUUUUAUGUAUACUUUUCCUUACCUUUGACUGUUAUACAUACAUAAUGAAAUAAAUGCCCUGUACUGAUUUUGAA